AUGGCAGCAGCUAUUACAACUGUCUCUGAGAGCCGCGACCUUCGCGGCCUCAACCUCGUCGCUGCCCAUUCUCAUAUUCGCGGAUUAGGCGUGGAUGAAGAUACAUUAACGCCGCGAGCCUCUUCUCAGGGGCUCGUCGGUCAAGAAAGAGCAAGGAAAGCAGCUGCAGUUAUAUUACAGAUGGUCAAGGAAGGAAAGAUUGCUGGAAGAGCUGUAUUGAUCGCUGGUCCACCAAGCACUGGGAAGACUGCAAUAGCAAUGGGGAUGGCUCAAUCGCUAGGAUCGGACACACCUUUCACCAUGCUAGCAUCAUCAGAAAUCUUUUCGCUGGAGAUGUCCAAGACGGAGGCCUUGACGCAGGCGUUCCGAAAAUCGAUUGGUGUGCGAAUAAAGGAGGAGAGCGAGAUGAUCGAGGGAGAAGUGGUGGAGAUACAGAUAGACCGGAGUGUGACAGGGGGCAACAAGCAAGGCAAACUAACCAUCAAAACCACCGACAUGGAAACGAUCUACGAUAUGGGCACGAAGAUGAUCGACUCAAUGUCAAAAGAGCGCGUCAUGGCCGGCGACGUCAUCUCAAUAGACAAAUCUUCCGGCAAGAUCACAAAGCUAGGGAGAUCAUAUACACGAUCACGAGACUACGAUGCAAUGGGCGCAGACACUAAAUUCGUGCAAUGUCCAGACGGAGAACUCCAGAAGCGCAAGGAGGUCAUACAUACAGUCAGCUUGCACGAGAUUGAUGUCAUCAACUCGAGAACCCAGGGUUUCCUGGCGCUUUUCUCGGGUGACACUGGCGAGAUACGCAGCGAGGUACGGGAUCAGAUCAAUACGAAGGUAGGGGAGUGGAAAGAGGAGGGGAAGGCUGAGAUAGUACCCGGAGUGCUAUUCAUAGAUGAGGUACACAUGCUGGACAUCGAGUGCUUUUCAUACAUAAACCGCGCGCUGGAAGACGAGUUAGCGCCCAUCGUCAUCAUGGCAAGCAAUCGAGGCAAUACUAGGAUACGAGGCACAAGCUAUCGCUCACCUCACGGUCUUCCCCUAGACUUCUUAGAUCGAGUCGUCAUCGUCAGCACGCAAGCGUACGGCGAAGACGAGAUCCGACAGAUUUUGUCCAUCCGAGCACAGGAAGAAGAAGUCGAAGUCACAGCCAAUGCCCUCGAACUCCUUACCAAGAUCGGCAAAGAACGAGGCUUAAGAUACGCAAGCAACCUAAUCACCACAUCUACACUGCUGAGCCAAAAGCGAAAAGCAGAUAAGAUCGACCAGCAGGAUGUGGAGCGAAGCUACACGUUGUUCUACGAUCCUACGAGGAGUGUCCAAUUCGUUAGCGAUUUCGAGAAGCGCUUUAUUAGCGACGAGGGCGCUGUCAGCUUCGCGAUUACUAACGGUGAUGCUAUGGAGAUGUCAUAG